GUCAUUUCAAAACUGCUGAUGGUGUAUCACCGUAAGCUUGCUUGUCAUCCAAAAGUAAAUGAAAGUAACGUUAGGAUAAAGUAAAAAAAAACGUAUAUACGUAUUACAUUUUUUAUAUGUAAAAGCAAUAUUUAUUUAUCAAAAGUGCUGCUAUCGACGAUCAUGGAUCGAAAAAUAGUUUGGAGGGUAUUGUUACUGCUAUGUGUAAUAUUUGUUCAAAACUCUGAGCAAGCAAAGAAGCAAAGAACAGCAGUUAUUACAGAUAUAGGUGAUAUAAAAGAUUUUAAGAAACUCUUAAGAACUAAGACUAAUGUUUUGAUAUUAUAUGUGAAUGAGCCGAAGAAUUCGCACACCAUUGUAGAUGUUGUCAAAGACACUGCUGAUGCUAUGAAGGGACAAGCUACCCUUGCUAUAAUAGACUGUACUAGUAGUGAAGGUAGAAAACUUUGCAAGAAACUGAAAGUGGCUACAGAUAAACCCUACUACAUGAAGCAUUAUAAAGAUGGUGAAUUCCAUAAAGACUAUGACAGAAAUGAGUCUAGUUAUUCUCUGUCAAACUUCUUAAGGGAUCCCACAGGAGAUCUGCCAUGGGAUGAGGAUCCUACUGCCACUGACAUAUUUCAUCUCCAGGAUGGAGAGGCUCUGAACAAAUUCUUAAAGAAAGGAGCUGGUGCUUACAAGAAGUCUAUGAUAAUGUUCUAUGCGCCCUGGUGCGGAUAUUGUAAGACUCUGAAACCGGAGUAUGUGAGUGCUGCUGCUGAAUUGAAGGGUGAAUCAUUACUCGCUGCGAUUGAUGUAUCCAAACCAGGAAACUCGAAAAUAAGGCAAUUGUAUAACAUUACUGGUUUCCCUACGCUUUUAUACUAUGAAAAAGGCCAAUACAAACUGCCGUACAACGGCGAGAACAAAAAGCAAGCUAUCGUAGACUUUAUGAAAGAUCCAACAUCUGCAAUGCAACAAAAGAAGAAGGAGGUUGUUGAUGAGAGCUGGCCUGAGGAUUCUGAUGUUGUGCAUUUAACUGUUGGCAAUUUUGAAGAAACUCUUUCGAAUGUUAAAAAAGCUCUCGUAGUCUUCUAUGCUCCUUGGUGUGGACAUUGCAAGAGAAUUAAGCCUGAAUUUGAGAAAGCAGCUAAAAGGAUCAAGUCUGAAAAGAUCGACGGUAUUUUGGCGGCAGUAGACGCGACGAAGCAGCCGGACCUCGCUUCUCGUUUUGGAGUAAAAGGAUAUCCAACUCUAAAGUACUUCAGCAAGGGAGAGUACAAGUUUGAUGCAAGUCAUGCCAGACAAGAAGAUCAAAUUAUUAGCUUUAUUAAGGACCCUCAAGAGCCACCGCCGCCACCACCCCCAGAAAAGCCGUGGUCGGAAGAGGAGUCGCCCGUGCGCCACCUCGACUCCGCGACGUUCAGAAACACACUGCGCAAGAUCAAACACGCCAUUGUCAUGUUCUAUGCACCAUGGUGUGGACACUGCAAAAGUACUAAGCCGGAGUUUGUGAAGGCUGCAGAGAAAUUCGCUGAUGAACUAAUGGUAGCGUUCGGAGCAGUCGAUUGUACCGCAGACCAGGAACUGUGUGCCAACUAUGACGUCAGAGGCUACCCCACGAUCAAAUACUUUAAUUUCUACGACAAAGCCGUCAAGGAGUACACAGGCGGUAGAAAGGAAGGUGACUUCGUAAACUUCAUACAUAGCCAAGCGGACUUCCAUCCGACUGCUCAAAAGGAACUAACGGCACAGCAAUCUGGAUUCGGUCUAAAUGUGAUGAUGACCAGUGACGUAGACUUUGAACAGGUGAUGAAUUCACCGACACCUUCCUUCAUCAUGUUCUUCGCGUCUUGGUGUUCACACUGUGUUGAGGCGAAACCACAGCUUAAUCUCCUAGCAGACAAGCUUAAAGCUGAAGACAUCAAUAUUAAUGUUUAUGCUGUGGAUGCGGCUAAGAAUCCGAAGGUCGCUGACUUGGCGGGAAUACAGACUCUGCCCACAUUUAAACUGUACACGAGCGGGCAACUUAUCUCUGUCUAUGACGGCGGCCGCAAUAUGGACGAGAUGUUCGAGUUCUGUCGCCAAUACGCCAAGGUGAAGGAUGAGUUGUGAUCCUAGUUAAACCUUAUCUUCACUCAAUAUCCAUAUUAAGUCGUUUCAUAUUUGUGGUAUCCUCGCAUUUACUUAAACUAUUGCCGAAGUUAUUGUAAAGUUUAUGUAUCCUAUGUAUUAUAGAUAUUCUGUACUCGUAAAUAUUUUACAAACUAUCUUAUAAUAUUUAGAUUGAUAUCGUUAUUUUAUAUUUAUCUAUACUAAUAUAUAAAGAUUAAGUUUGUUUGUUUGUUUGUUUGAAGCACGAAUUUCUGGAGCUAUUGGUCCGAUUUGAAUAAUUAUUUUUGUGCACUUAUCAAGUAAGGCAAUAAAACAUCAUACUAUGACCAAUAUUAGCCGAGUGGCGGAUGAAACCCGCGCGGGAGCAGCUAGUACCAUUAUAUACCUCUAAUAUAGCAUGCGUGUUUAUAAACCGUAUACAAUUUCAACAAUAAGACUUUGAAUAUUGACAAUACACAAAUGUAGUGGUUUGGUUUUACUAUCUAAGAAGAUUAAUCUAUUUUUGCAAUGUUAUUUCGGGCGACUAUAGUGCUCGCGUUUAAUUAGUUGCUAAUGUUACUUAGAUAUGAAUUACUUAAAAGACUAAUGCAAACAUAUUGUAAUUAUUAAUAAAAAAAGUAGUCGAAAAAUGAAUAUUCAAUUAUUGUUAUAAUAGUCUAUGAGUUAUUUUUCUACGCAUAAGACAUAUUUAGAUGACUUAUUAGUCAAAUAUAUAUUGUGUAGCAAAGAGUUUAAUAUACAUUCGUAUGUGCAUAAUAAUCUCAAUAAUGAAUAUCAGAAAUUAAUCAAUAUAAUAAUAUUUAUUUAUAGAUACAAACCGCCGUACUCAGAGUCGUUUAAUGGUCACUUAAGCCUCGUCUCCACUAGGAACAUAUUUUGUGAAGCGAGUCAAUGACGGGGCCACAAUACAUGUCGCUCAACAAAUGUUCCUAGCAGGGACGAGGCCUUAACCCAAUCCUUAGCAAUUAUUUUCGGAACAAAAUUCUUACUAAGGAAUGGUUUAAGUAAUCUUUAAAUGUCUGUGAGUGCGGGUGUUAGCGAAUGAAGUAUAUUAUGAUGUUAAUACGUAACGAAGGAAUAUUUAUUAAUUUAUUUUGUUUUAUUUAAUUGUAUGCUUUACGCUAGAAUCUUCCAUGUACGUACGUCACAAUAAUUCAGUGAUACAUCACCAUCGAAGAAAUUGUUCUAGUUAUUUGAUAUAAUGGUGAAUUCAUAUACACGAUAUAGUAAUAAUAUCCUCCAUUAAAAUUCUCUUAUGAAUAGUAUAAGUAAUGUUAUGAAAUUCUUUUAAAUACGUAUUAAUCUUUUGAAAAAUUAUAAUUAUGUAUGUUGUAUAAUAUGUCCCAAACUUUUAAUGGUAAUCUGCAUUUAUUUUAGAAAUUAAAUGUAGUGUUAUAUUAACGGCGUUUGCCUCGACAUUCCUUGUACUUACAUGUUUUAUUUAAUUUUACAGUAAUAAGAUAGAACACUCGGAUUUUAUCGGCGUCUAUGUGUAUGCACCAUGUGUUUGGUGAGCUUCGUUUCAAAUGAAUUUUAUCGUCACUAGUUGUAAUCUUUGAGAUUUCACAUUUACGGUUGUUAUAAGUCUACAGCAGAUGUAGGACACCUCGAAAACUAUUGAGAUUGUUUAUUUAUAUUGAAAAAACUAGUCUUAACAUUGUGAUAUGUCAUUUCCGCACAAUUUUUACAACUAGUCUGUCUUCCAUGUAUUAAAGAGUAUGUAGCAUAAAGUUUCUGAAUCGUUUGAGUUGCUAGUGAUAUCAGAAAUUCACUAGCGCCCGAAUACUGAAACGCUAUUCAAUUUUAAGUUGUACUUAAAUAUCGUGCUGCCUCUGUCAUUUUAUAAAAAAUUGAUUAGGACAGAACUAGUUUUGAGAUUGUCUUAAAAUUGAGUAGCGUUUGAGUAUUCGGACAUAAAUCUUCGUAUUACCUAAAUAUAUCCAGUUUCUAAUAACACGCGGUAAACGAGGUGUUCUAGUACCCGUUUGUUUUAUUUGUAUUGUAAUGUUUUGUGUAUUUUCUAGAUUAUGGAUAUCAAAAGUUGAUUUUGAAGUAAAAUAUGCAUUUAAAGUACCCGUAGCACCAUUCUAGUGUUGGUUGGGCUUCCAAUAUAAUUUGUAUUAUUUUUAUAAUAGCUAAUGUUACUUAAUAAAAUAUGCAUUUAUUUUCAUACUAGAUUUAAUAAAUGAUAUACAUAUUGUGCAUUUUCCAGUCGUGACAAUACAAUGAUAUGAUAAAUGGAUUAAAAUAUAAUAUGAUGCCGUAACAAGAGAUACCAUUUUUGUACUUGAUUAAACAAUUUAUUCUAUUAGAUGUUUAUGAAGUUGUUCGAAUCCGUGUUAAGCUAACUUGUUAACUGUAUGAGCUUAAAAAGUAACAGCAAUAUUAUUAAUAAUGUGUCGCGUAACAUUUCAAUGUCUGUGCGAAAUAAAACUAAUCAUUUAUA